AUGAGCGACGCCAUCGUCUACCUCGGGUCCGUGCUCGUGAUCGCGAUCUCGGCCAUCUACUUCUUCAAGUCUAGCGCGUCCGAGGCCGACAAGGCCUUUGAGGCGCGCUACAAGGCGAUGCAGGAGGAGAAGCGCCGGGCGGCGCUUGCGUCGUCCGGCAGCACCGCCGCUUCAACGUCGACGACCGUGGCCGCGACCACGUCGGGCGCAGCGCCCGGUGGCCGCGCCCUUGUCUUCUUUGGCUCGCAGACCGGCACGGCCCAGAGCUUUGCGCGCACGCUCGCGGACACGGGCAACGAGCAGGGCCACUUUGCGGUCGAGGCCAUCGACAUGGAGGACUUUGACCCAACGACGCUCGACCGCGUCGCGCAUGCGAUCUUUGUCGUCGCGACGUACGGCGAGGGCGACCCGACGGACAAUGCGAUCGACUUUAUGAAGUACCUCCAAGACGACGACAAGGUGAUUCCCAAGGGCCACCUCGCCAACGUCAAGUUUACGGUCUUUGGCCUUGGCAACAAGCAGUACGAGCAGUACAAUGCGGUGGGCCGCGCGAUCAACACGCUCAUGGAGAAGCACGGCGCAUUGCGCGUGUACCCCCACGGCGAAGGCGACGACGACGACUCGCUCGAAGAGGACUUUGACGCGUGGCGCGCCGACCUCUGGAAGACGCUGCGCAAGGCCGACAAGGCGGGCAGCGACGACGACGAGCCGGCGCCGGCCGAUGCGAGCAAGACCAAGCCGCCGCACCUUUCGUUUGACUGCCAGGUCGUCGGCGAACCCGCGGCGGCCCGCGUCUUUACGGACGACGAGAUUCAGAAUUCCAACAAGCACUUUUUCCACAACACACACGUCAAGCUCGUCGAGACGCGCGAGCUGCGGCAGUCGACGGCGAGUGGCUCGACGCUGCACCUCGAAUUUGACCUCAAGAACACGCCGCUGACGUACGUGACGGCCGACAACCUCGCGAUCCUCCCGGAAAACGACGCAUCGAUCGUGGCGCGCACGGCCAAGCACCCGUUCCCGACGCCCGCGACCAUCGACGACAUCUUGUCCAAGUACUUGGACUUGAACGGCGCGCCGCGCAAGGGCACGCUCGCGCACCUCGCGCACUUUGCGAGUAACGCGAGCGAGCAGGAGAAGCUCUUGCAUCUCGCGUCGCCCGAAGGCAAGGACGCGUACCAUGCGUUCAUUGUCGACAGCUGCCGCAACGUCGCCGACGUCCUCGAGGCGUUCCCGUCGAUUGCGAUGCCGCUCACGGCCUUGAUCCACGUGCUGCCGUCGCUCCAGCCGCGCUACUACACGAUCUCGUCGUCGUCGACGGUCCACCCGAGCCGCAUCCACGUGACGCUCGGCGUGAUCGAGUCGGACUUGGCCGACGGCCGCCGCUUCCGCGGCGUGUGCUCGAACCACCUGGCCAGCAUGGCGCUGCCCACGAGCGCGACGGAAAAGACCAAGCGCCACAACCCGUACGGCGAGCAGGGCAAGAAGCAGGUGCGGUCGUGGCCGACUGCGUGCGUCACGGUGCGCAAGUCGACGUUCAAGCUCCCGUCCGACCCGUCGACGCCGAUUCUCAUGGUGGGCCCCGGCACGGGGAUUGCGCCCAUGCGCGCGUUUCUCCAGGAGCGUGACGCGCAGCGCGUCGCGGGUGCCAAUGUGGGCCCCACGGUGCUCUUUUUCGGCUGCCGCCGCGAGUCGGAAGACUACUUGUAUGCGGACGAGCUCGCGCAGUUUAAAGCCCGAGGCACGCUCACGCAGCUGCACUGCGCCUUCUCGCGCGACUCGGCCGCCAAGGUCUACGUCCAGCACUUGAUUGAGAAAGAAGGCGCGUACGUGUACGAGCUCCUUCGCAACGGCGGCCACGUGUACGUCUGCGGCGCGACGGUCAUGGGCGCCGACGUGCACAAGGCGAUCGUCAGCGUCGUGCAGAAGCACGGCGGCCUCUCGGCCGACGCGGCGGCGACCUUUGUGCAUGACCUCCAGCACAACCAGGCGUACAUCCAAGAGCUCUGGUCGAGCUAA